AUGUUUAGACACAGUACAGGUAUACUCUCGAGAACAAUCUCAGCAAACUCGCCUUCGCUAAUCUUGAGGACGUUCACAACAAAGGCCCCAAAAAUUUAUAGUUUUGAACAGGUUAAGAAUCUGGUGGAACAUCCUAAUGAUACAAAGCUACUCGUUGAUGUGAGGGAACCCAAAGAAGUGGAAGAUUAUAAGAUGCCAACAACAAUAAAUAUUCCAGUAAACAGUGCCCCUGGUGCUCUUGGAUUGCCCGAAAAGGACUUUCACAAGAUCUUUCAAUUUGAUAAACCUCCUCAAAACAAAGAGUUGAUUUUUCUUUGUGCAAAGGGUGUAAGAGCAAAGACUGCAGAAGAAUUGGCUAGGUCUUAUGGGUACGAAAACACCGGUAUUUAUCCUGGUUCCAUCACUGACUGGUUAGCUAAGGGUGGUGCCGACGUUAAACCCAACAAAUAA